AUUUUGGGAUAUUUUUGUCUGCACUAGUAAAUUUGGAGUGCUUGAGAUGUCGUUUCUCUGUAGGUGUAGGUCUUUGUAAUCUUUGUAAUAGAACCCAAGACAUUUAUGUGAUCUAUGUGACCUGCGGUUUAUUAGUAGACGAAUUCGAACAAGUUUAAAUCCAUUCUCUAAGACCUCUAAGACACACUGCUUGAGUGAAAUGGGCGAAGAAGUGCCACUCUAAUUUUGAUUACCGUUGCUGUCAUAUAAAAUUUUGCUUCAUAGUUGCUGUUGUGAUGGAAUGAGAACAGGAGUUAGCCAGUAGCUAGAUUAACCCUAGCUGUUACUGGCUUAAAAUUCACCAUGUCAGGAACAGAAGCAGGUGCAUCAUUGGAUCAACAUUUAUUCCAGCUGACAUGCCUUAUUUCAGCCAGGGACAUUAAACUUUCAGCUCACAGCGAAGUUGGAAACAGACAGUUACUUGCACUAGUCAUGGGUUCUGGUAAUAUAGCCUUCUACUAUUUAUCAGGGGAGGCAGAUGAGCUUCCUGUGAUGAGACAGAUACCAUGGUUUAUGGACAGCAACAAGAGAAUAACAGCAUUGUGUUUUGAUCCUUCAGGUUCUUGGCUUCUAGUUGCUGGUUAUGAUGGCUCAAUUUUCAUCAUUCCAGCACUCUCCCUGGUUGAUCCGAAUGCUGUGUUAGAUCAUCGAUGGUCAUCUACUGAUUUAACAUCAUUUCCUUCUCCAUUAUUACAUGCUAAUCCUUCAAAUUCUGGUAUCACAAAUCUGCAACGUUCCUACCCCACAUCAAUAGUAUGGUGGCAGAGCCUGUUGGAGUGUCAUCAUAUGGCCAUCAUGGGAACAGACUGUGGGGAUAUUAUUUUUAUUAGUUUAACCACAGGACUUCAAGUUGGUAUUACUUUUAUCCAAGCUACUAUAGCAAUGUUGCAUAUCUGCCAGGACGACAGCCUUGAUUCUGUUUUCCUCUUGAUCACAAGUGACAGCAGGUCACAGUGGAAACUACUGUUGGAACAGCGAGAAACAGGUUAUGGCUGGCCAAUUGAUAGUUCAGGUUCUGCAGUUAAAGUUGUCACAUCAAACAGUGAACCCAGCUCCAGCAGUCAUGCCAAUCUGGGUUUGGAAUUUGGGAACAGAAGUGGUUCAUACUUACCUACAACAAGAUCCAGAUUGCAGGGUUUGAAGCAGCUUUCAUUUGAGAAGUUGAUAAGUUUGCGACAGAGGCUGGCAGAGACAAGGUCAAAAGGAGCUUCAGCAAUGGCAGUAAAUGUCCAUUUUCGAAGAGUGUUUUGGUUCCUUUGGCCACUAGAAAGCAGUGGAAGCAGUAUUGAUGAUACAGGAUGUUCUUCAUACUCGGCCUCUGAAUCUACUGCUGCAGAAGGCUCUGAUAUGCCUCCUGUACACCAUGUUACCACUGGACCACAGCCUGAGAGAUUAAGUUCAGAAGUUGGUGACACAUUUCUGUGCCCUCAGUAUGCAAGAGGUCGGCAUCUGCUUUCUGGGUAUCAUGCUCCUACUAAUAUCCUUUCGAUUCAUGGGAUGAGUUUGGAUGUAGUACCCCUGUUUGUUCACAAGUUGGCACAGCAGUGCAGAGAUGUUCUAGUUACAGACAGAUUUUUGUAUGUGACUGACAUAAAUGGAAAGAACUUGUCAGUUGUAUCAUGCCAGUUGUCUGAAAGUCGGAUUGGUGGGGAAUCUGACUGCAACCCAGACUCUGUUAUUGAAACGUUUGAAAUGAAACAUCCAGAUGAAAAGAUUCUCGCUCUCUACAAACGAGGUUACUCAGAUGAUCAUCAUAGGAAGCCGUCAGCAGGAGUUUCCAGCAAAGAGUCAUUAAUAGCUGAAAAUGAAGAUUUUAGUCCACAAGUGUCAUCUGAUAAAAAGAUCCGAAGUAGCAGUAGAGAAAAGGAGAAAAAGUCAUCUCAAGUACCAUUCUGCCUGCCAAAGAGUUUAAAGGAAUUAAAACUGGAUAUGCCUUCCGUUGAUACCUGUGUCAUUGUAACUACAAGUGGUGUUUAUGAAGUUGCUCUCAGGCUUCCUCCAGCAGAGGUAUUCAUGGAUCUUGUCCUGACCUAUCAGGCAAUAGAGAGGGCUGAAAGACUUGCAGUGGUGUUUGGAUUAAAUUUUCAACAACUUCUGGAGUUUGCUGGUGAUCUCAAACUCAGUGCAAAGGAAUUUCCUCAAGCUAUUUCUCUGUACAAGGUUUCCAAGUGCCGACAUCUGAAGAGCGUUUUGAAAUUUGCUGCUGCUGGUCAUGCAUCAGAAUUGCUAAGCUACAUUAAAUUGCUGUUUUCAACUUCUGGCCUGGAUCUUACAACAUCAGAAAGAAUUCAUUUAUCAAAUCUGGCAGUCAUGAGUCACACUGAGCAAGUGUUGAGAGCAACUGCAGGAAGAGUUGUGCUUUUGAAACAUUUUUUGAAAUUUCUGCGUGAAAACUUGUACUAUGAUGAAGUGUUAGCUGUUAAUGUUGCUGGACAAACAGGCUUGUGGGAAAUAUUACAGUUCCUGGCCAGCUUCCGUGGCCUUCAUCCUGAAGUUCUAGAUAUCCUUACCAAAAUUGUUAGAUCUCUUGGUGAAGGCCUUGUGAAGGUAACUGAGAGCACGGUUGCAGCUUCUGAGCAUUUGCCUGCCUUGGACUCUGGCCUGUGGUUAUGUGUGAGUGACCCAUCACUACUUCAGUCACUGUUAUCUAAACCCCAGCAAGCUAGAAUACAUCUGCAGUUUAUUCGUACCUGCCUGCCUCAUUUGGAACAGUUUGCAUUGCAGAGAUUGGCUGCUCUAUAUGACCCUUCAUCACCACAAUUACGACCUAGUCUGACAAGAAUGUUCAAGAUGGGUCACAGGCAAAAACACUCCAGUGAAUCAUACAGUUCAUGUUCGGCACAGAUGGAUCCCUUAGACCCUCUGGACUUAAUGGAUGAAAUAUUUGUUCCUGGCGAAGAUAUUGUCCAGACAUUCCUUCUUGUUCUACUGUACUUAGCAAAGAAGCGCCAGGUAUCGUCAUUUGUAUAUAUCCCAGAGCUGAUGGAGAAAAUCCAGCUUGCUAAGGAUGAGGAUGAGGAUUCUGAAGACCUAUGCCCAUCUCUCCCAAUACAUGCUAGCACUCUGAGUGCAGGUUUUUCUCAUGUGGCACUUGUUCGCAAUGGAGCUAUCUACACAUGGGGGAAUGCUGUGCAGGGCUGCCUGGGUACUGGACCGACCAUGUCUAGAUACAGCUGUCCCCAACAGGUCAGCAUAUUACCAACCUUGAAGCUUGAGGUAAUCAGUGUUGCUUGUGGCCGCCAGCAUACUCUUUCUCUUACAAACAAUGGGGUAUAUGCAUGGGGGUCAUCUCAAUAUGGUCAGCUUGGCAUUGGAAAGACAGGCCAGUGCCCAUAUCCUCGGAUGGUGGAACAUCUUUCAAGGGAAAGAAUAAUAGCUGUAUCAGCUGGACAGUACCAUUCUAUAGCAUUGGCAGAUGAUGGCAGGGUGUUUACAUGGGGGUGGGGUGUACAUGGACAACUGGGUCAUCAUUCAGUGGAAGACUACUAUACACCAACCCUUGUAGAGGGACUAAUAGGCAAGGUGGUGACUCAGAUAUGUGGAGGGCAUGGCCACACUGUUGCUCUUACUGCUGAAGGCAAGGUAUAUACAUUUGGUUCAUCUGUAUUUGGUCAACUUGGAAAUGGGAGCAACAUGAAGAGCUCUGUACCUGUUCAUGUGACUGCACUAACAGAAAGGAUCACUAUUAUUGCCACUAACUAUUUUCACAAUUUAGCUGUAAGUAGCACAAAUAAAGUGUAUAUAUGGGGGUCAUCUCCGCAAGUCCUGCGACUUCAAGCACAAGCCCAGAAGAGAUCAAGGCAUCUUCAGCAGCAGCUGUUAUCCAGUGUUACCCCAUUGUCUCCUUCGAAGCCAGUAACUGCACAAGUACAUUCUGCGUUGAACAAGAAUUCAGAAAUUUCAGAUCCACUGUUAGAAUCUCCCAUUUCAGGCACUGCAGCUAAACCUGAUCAUGAUGCUAUCAAAAUACAUAAGGAUCAUCAAGAAUCCAAUUCAACACAUCACAGCCCUAUUGACACAGAAUAUUCAGAUCUGAACCUUAAGCCAGUUUUGAUUUGUGAUUCUCAGUUGCCUUCAGUGGACAUAUCUCAUUCUUCAAGUUCAGAUCUCUUCAAGAGCCAAGACCUUUCAGUUGAAGCCAGUGUGAAUAAGAAAGACAGUGUACCUAGUCAUUCUGAACUGCCAUCAUCUGUACUAAAUACAGGCUCAAAUAGUACCUCUUUCAUACCUAAAUCUCUCCUGAAGUCAGUAAAGUGCCAUAAGUUUUCAACAGAGAACAGUAGUGAUACAUCAGAAGUAAGUAAUGGAAGACCUGUAAAUAAUCAGAAACAGUUUAGACAGAGUGGUCACAAAUUGCCAUUACCAAAAGGCGGAAGGAUGUGUGAUGUGCAAGUGAUACAAAAUUCAGAUUCUGAUGAGUGUAUGCAGAAAUCACAGUCAAGUUUUCUUGGUUCAGAUGAAAAGCAAGAAGACUCUCAUUCAUCAAGUGAGCUUAAUGGAACCUCGUGGAAUAAGAACAAUUUGCAUCCAUCUCCUUUUCUAAGUCAAGAUGUCUCUAGAAGCAAUGCACAGCCCUCUUCAAGCUCAUUAUUUUCGGACUUUGAGAAUGCUAAUGUGGACACUUCAUCAAGGGAUUUGCAACUACCGGGUAGCUCAUUUGCAUCGAGACAAAUGGAUCAGAAUUUGGACCUGAAGGUGAAGCCAACAUAUCCACCACUUACAACGACCACAGCUGAAGGGUACUCAAUUCCAACUCUAAUUGUUAGUCCUACUAUGGAGUUCAAAGGUUUAACAGCUGGGCCAUCUCCUCCUGAUAGCAAUUUUGCUUCUCCUGAUACAAAGUCAGACAACCAGUCUGCUCGAUCAGAGCCUAUUGACAAUGGGCAGUCACAUCUUACACCUCAACUUGUCGACACAUCACUUGUAGUGGGCCGCAUUAUUCAGGUGUCUUGUGGUUGCCAUCAUUCAGCUCUUCUGACAAGGGACGGUGUUCUUUAUAUGUGGGGACGGAAUCUUGAUGGUCAGUUGGGCAGUGGGACAAGGAAAGAAAUCCCGAUACCAACACCAUUAACAUCUCCAGCUCCUUCUGCUACUUCAAGUACUAGGAAUUCAUCAUCAUCUUCACAGUCUUCUGCAAUACCCAAAUCAACUUCUUCUGGAGUUAUUAAUGGAGGAGAGAAACUAAGGCUACGCCAAGUUUCUUGUGGGUGUGAAUAUACAGUUGCACAAGAGAGUACAUCUGCAGGAAAAAUUUGGGCAUGGGGCAGCAAUUCUCAAGCUCAGCUUGGUCGAGUGCCUGUUGAAGAAUCCAAAGGUCUGGAAGGGAAACUUGUGAUGCUGAAGACAACGAAACGUGUUAUCAAGCUUCCUCAUGGAAGUCAGAAUUCAAGUGAUAUUCCCAAAGCUGUGCCUGGCCUCCCAAAUUCCACCAUUUCCUUCAAAUAUGACAGUUUCUCAGGAUUUGGUGGAUGCUGUGGUUAUUCAAAAGGGGCUUAUACAGAGCUUUGUCCACCUUUGUGUAGCAUAGAAGAACCUUGCUAUGGUUUACGCACAUUGCAUUAUGCUUUUCAACAUUUCCAUGGCUAUUAUGAUUCUGUGUACCUUCUGAAUAAGUGCCUUAUACUGGAAAACUACCAAGGAGCUGCAAAGUUGGCAGCACUGGAUAGGCAUUAUCACCUUGCUUUGGCUUAUCAGUUGAAAGCGCUGGCAUUGGCGACUCAAGAAUUUGGCUUCAAUGCAGAAAAACAUCCUGAAAAUCAUUGUUCAGACCUUAGCAAAGAAACUUGUGAAAAGAACUCAAAUUCAGACAGAACUUUUACAAAAAGUUCAAAUGAGACAGCCAGCAAUGGAGUAUCUUUGGACUGUUCAAAUGAAGACAAAAUGAACAGUACAGAUUUCUCAGAUAAUUCCAAUGUGAUUAAUGCAGCCAAAGAUAGAAAUUCGAAUCCCAUAAUAAUAAAUUACAAAGAACAAUUUAAAGCUCAUGUUACAAAUGUGAAUUCCAGUUGUGUAUCAGUUCAGCACCUAGGGAGCAACAGUUACUAUGGGAAUGGUUCAGCUAACAGCAAAACUAAUGUCACUGAAAAUGCUGUAAGUAAUAGUAACUUGGUAAAUGAAGUUGUCAGUACUGAAGUUACUGCUGAUAUCAGCAGCUGCACUGAAAAUAGAGCUGAGUGUGUUGAAGGUAUGGGUGAUAUUACUGCCAACCAAAUGAGAAGGGGCUCUUUAGUCUCAGACACAGCUGAUGCUGAAGAAAAUAUAUUAAACUGUGAAGAUCAGUCAGAUAUGAUCAAUGUCCCUCAAAAUAGUAACUAUAAAAACAAGAUAAUCACAAAAUCCAAAACUGGAAAAGGGUCAGAAUCCAUGACUGAAGUUGAAAACAGGAAUCAGAGAAAUUCCAGGAUUGAUUUGUUGCGCAAUUCAGAGAAUGAAUCUGAAAGAAAUCAGUUUGUGAGAGAUGAUAAUUCUCCUCCUUGUGACAGGAUUUGUAUCAAGCAUAAUGAAGAUUUAAAACCAAAUCCAGAAUUGCCCUUGGUGCAGUGUAGCACAGAUACAAUGAAAACUGAAUCUGAAAAAGAAGAGAGAUUGAAACCUGAAGAUUCAAAGCAGCAGACAAACUUGUUGGCAAAACCAUUGGAUCACUUAAGUAGAAAAACUCAUGUAAGUCCAAUAGAAGAAGAAGUUGAAACAAGUAGUUCUGUCUCUACCCCUGAAAGUUUAAUUGCAACAAAUGUUAAUGACAGUGAGAUUCAUGCAUUUGCUGUCCAGGGAGGAACAGAGCAGAUGUCAGAGGGACAUCACUUAACAAGUCCUGAUUCCAUUACAUCUCCACUAGUAAGUGAAGAGCAGGGUCUUCUGAGCCCUGAACCCUUUGUUCCCCAUGUAAAUGAACAAAGUUCCCAGAAUGCAAGUGUGAACUUGAUUCCGAUAAAUGAAAAUGGAAAUAUUCAAAAUCAAGUUAUUUCUUCUGAAGUUGGCGAAGAAAAUUCUAACAAAUGUGAAACAGAAUUAAUUGGCAGUUUAACUUCAUUAUUAAACAGUUACACAAGCUCAACUGGAAAUUCUGAAUCAUUUAUAGAAAUUAAGCAGGAAACUGCGCUCCGGGACUCGGAUGUUAAUUCAGGAUUUCAUAAUGGUGCAGUUGGACUCCAGAGCAAUUCUGAUACACUUACUCUUACAGUAGAGAGUAAUGUUGUAUCUAUAGUAAAUGAAUCUGGGGAGAAGGGAGGUGUAAGUAAUGAAGAGAGGGAGGUGGAAAAGCAGGCUAACAGAGUGUGUAAUCAAGAAGACACACCAGAAAAUGAAUUGAUUGUGACUUCAGAUUCGUUACAUGGAACGGUCUGCAAAGCAUACGCUCUGAACAAAACAUUUCCAUGUAAUGAUCUACAUAUAAUUGUUGAUAAUAAAGGUGUUUUUGACGCUGCUGAUGGCGGGCAGGUCACAAAGUCAGAUUGUAGUAAAUUUCAGCAAAUAUUGGAUCUUUCCAUAGAAUUGCCAUGCCCUAAGGAUUCAGAUAGUUUGCAUGCAAGUUACUCUGUUGCUGAAGAAAAAUUGACACCUUUUAGUAAAACGGUGUCAUUUUCAAGCACCGAAAAUAAUGUGGCUAAAACACCAAGUACAGUCACUGAAACUGAUGAUGAGCCAAAAAUAAGAUCUUUAGAGAUAAAUGUUAUUAGUACAAAACAGUUAUCUUCUGAUAAAACAGACUUGGAAAACUAUGAGAAUGAACUUAAAGUUUGUUCUAGUGACAGAGACUUUCACAUACCAGAGAAUGCCCUUGAUGAUGGAGUUUCCGUGAAAUCAACAGAUGACACUUUUAAUAGUUCAUUCUCUGAGAAUUUGAAACCUGAACAAACUGACUUGGUAUCUCGAAGUACAGCAAGUGAUACUGCACCGUCCAAAAUGAUGUAUGGAAACAGCAUACAGCAAGCAGAUGCAACUGAUGAGGGUAACACCUCAAACCAGUCAGCUGAGACUAACACAUGCAAGGACAUGGUGGGUCGAGCUGCGGCAGUCGUUGAGUAUUAUGUCUCUGUGAUGGAAGAAGAUAGUCAUGCUAUGAUGAGCAGACUGCUGCAGCAGGGUAUUGAAUUUUGGUUGAGUCACUCCUUGCCAGUUGAUCACCUUGAGAAUCUUCUGUUAAAACACAUGUCUAAGUUCUUCUACCCUCUGGGACUGCUGCUUUUCUGUAAGGAUGGUAGUGCUGGAGAAGAAGCAGUUGAAACCCAACAACAGGCUGUAUCUAUGUUGAACCAUCUCUCUACUCGGUUUUGUCUUCAGCUCUGCUCCAGCCUUCUGAAUCACAUUGACCAACGAAAAGCCUAUCCAGAAUACAUCGAACUUUUAGCACAAGUUACAUCAUUGCAAACAGCACCAGGACUGAAUGGCUGUUGUGUCACAGCUCAGGGCUUGUCACAAUCACCUGAACAACUUAUGGAAGCUAUAUUGGAGGGCCUUGGUGGAACCAAAGGGCUUGGAGGAUCCUCAGGGCAGACUUACAUCAAUCUCCAAGAAGAGGUAUCUGAAACAUGCAAGGACUCCUCAUCUGAAACAACGAAACUGGAACAACUUCUAGCAUUCUCUUGUGGUCAUCAUUAUGGGCAGUCAGUAUUUCACCAGUCAGUUCUUCCAGAGUUGGAACUUGGCCUAUUGCAGCUACACCAUCCCCUUCCUAACACUGCAAGAGUUCUGAAAGGUUUAUUUGUUUCCAACGCUCCAAAUCUUCAUCUUGCAUGUCCACGAUGUGUGCUGAGUUACUUGCAGUCACAGACAACACCACCCUUGUAAGGUAUUAUAAGUCAAUAUCUUGAAGUGAAAUGUAUCAUUAAUCUUCUUUCCAGCUAAUUGCUAGGAGUCUUGUACUCAUUGUGACAGUAAUACAGUAUCUUGAGCCGAUUUUUUAAUGAUACCAGUUAAAUGUGAUUAUUAAUUAUGUGUCCAUAAAACUAAACUUAGUCAGAUUCAGGAAUUCUUAUGACUGCUUAAAAAUGAUGAGAGAAUUUUGAAAAGUUAUGUUCAGCUGAAGUGCAGCUAGCAAAACUGUGUGGAACAUAUUAGAAAUCAUUAUGUCUUGUGCUAAGCUGAAGAUGUUUUUUCUGAUUCUUGCCAUAUUUAUAUGUGAACUGGUUAUAUAUCUUUGUAGCAUCUGAUAUACUGCGAUACACACAUUCUUAAAUGUUUUUUCUAAAGUUCUUAUUAAUUAUCAUGUUGAAUUCAGAAUCCUGGAUACUUAUGUAUUUUGUUCUUUAUUUGUCUUCACCCUCUUAUAUGUUAUUCAGACAUGAAGCAAAUGUUGACCCAAGGAGAAUUACUGAGGAACAGAAAAGUGUGCAGUUUGGGUACAUUCAUUCAUCUGUAAUCUGUCAAGACGACAGGUCCACAGUCUCUUCCAAAACAGUUCCUCCACUUGAUGCA